AUGAGAAUAACGAUGGUUCUGAGAGAUCAUUACUUCAAACUUGGUUCAGAUAUCCCUGAAGAAAGGAUUCAAGGGGCCGUGGACUUGGUCAAAGAAUUAAAUGCUGAAAAUAAAACUGAAGAGUGGGAUUAUGCUUUAAACAGACUCAUUAAAGGUUUGAAUACCUCAAGACAAAGUGCUAGGUAUGGAUUCUCAAUGGCUUUAACUGAAAUCAUUCAAGAAUUAAUCACCAAAGAUGAUUAUGAUUUAACAGUUUCUUCUUAUUUACAGAAAGUACUUGAUAUCAUCGAGGUGGCUAAAGGGAAAGGAAAAGAUGAAAGAUCAUCAUUGUUUGGAAGAUUAUUUGGAUUCCAAACCAUCAUCAACUCCCAACUUUUAAUAGAAAAGUAUGCUUCGAAGAGUGACAUUUUCAAGUUAAUCGACUGCUUUUUCGAGUUAAGUGUAGCUAAGACUUGGUUAAGAGAAACUAGUGUAUUUUCAUUGGUACAAUUCAUUGGAAAUUUACAGACUAAUCCUAAUAUUGAUGAAAUUUAUGAUUAUAUUCUUUCCCAAACCAAGAAGUUCAACUUAUCUUUGACUUCUGAAGGUAUUGCUAUUUAUCUCGUUAUUCCCAAGAUUGCUGAAAACGACUGGAAGAACAAUUAUCCGCUUUCCAAAGGAAAUAUUCCAGUGUUGUCUAAAGUCUUGAAAGAAAGUUAUGAAGAUAGUGAGUUGAAAAAAGGUAGUUGGUCACCCAGAUUACAUUUUGUAUGGGACUUGAUCAUAAGCAAACUUUUGAACCAACAAAAUCAAUCAGUUGAACAUGUCAAUAAGAAGAGGAAAACAAAUAAACAUAAAGAGCCGGAAUUCAUUUCUUUGAAAGAGUUCUGGAUGAGUAUCAUUGAUAAUAAUUUCUUUUCUGACAAAUCUAGUCAUGAAAGAAAGUAUUGGGGUUUUGAAUUAUUUGAAAAACUCUUCUCUUUGGUUAAUGAACAACAAAUAGAGUACAUCAUUACACCUAACUUCAUCAGAUGUCUUAUUAACCAAAGCAGUAAGAAUGAAAGAAUGCUUAAUAAGAAGUCAGUGAAAGUAUUGAACACUAUCAAAUCCGAAUGUUUGAAGACUCCUAAUAAAUCAUCCUUUACGAUCAAUUGCCUUAUAAGCAGUAAGAACGGAGGAUGUUGGAAUUUUGAUCUUUUAACUAAAUCAAAGACUGUGGAAAGCUUGAUUAACCUCAAACAAGAUAAUUUGUCAGUAAUUGAAUUGAUAAAGGACGUCAUUCUCAACCAGUUCACCGAAUCUUUGACUGAAGGAGAAGGUUUGAAAAAACCAGAGGAUAAUAUACAGAAAUGGUGCUUGAAUAGUUUAUUACAAUUGGUUAAAAGUAACAAACCUUUCAUCAAGAAAGGCAAUUGGGUAAAGGAUGUGCUCAAUGUGAUGUUACUCCAUUCUUUCUUCAAGAAUACUUUGAUUGUAUCCACCAAUACCAGAAACUUAUGUAAAGAAAGAUUAAACUCCAUACUAGGAGAAAUCAUCAGUAUCAAGAAUAACAAUUCAUCAUGGUCUUUAUACUGUAUUGAACAAAUCAAAUCUGUUGACGGUGAAUUAAUAGACUCUUUUGAUGAGGAGUUAGAUAAAAUCCGUGGUCUGUGUGAAGAUAUGUUGGAUACUAUAAGUCAAUUACCCGAAUCAGACAAGAGAUAUAAUUUCGAAUUACUUUUCUCCAUGGUGUUAUUACAGAUUUAUAAUGGAGAUGAAGAUAGUUUUGAAUUGGUUGAUGAAUUGAAAGUUUGUUAUGAAAAAUCCAUGGAAAAUGAUUCUGAUUCUUCUUUGAUCUUAACUGAAAUCAUUCUUUCUUUAGUAUCAAAGAAAUCCUCCCUUUUGAGAAAGUUUUCUAUGAUAAUCUGGGAAAACUUGUUAUGUCAAAAGGACGAAGGAGCUUUGAGAUUAGACGAAGGCUGUUUCGAAUUGUUAUUCAGUGUGUUGGAAACAAGGGAAAAUAAAGAAGGACAACAAAGCCUUUUUGACGGCGAAGAAGGGUUCCAAGAUGGCGACGAAGAUGAGGGUGAUGAUGAAAAGGAAGACGAUGACGAAAAUGAUGAAGAAGAAGAAGAAGAGGACGACGAUGAUGACGAAGAUGAGAGUGAGGACGAUGACAUGGACGAAACUCAAGACAUCGACAAUCAAACCAACAUCAAACUUGCUGAAGCUUUGGGAAUUCCACAUUCUGGUGAAGUCAAAUUCGAGGAUUUAUCAGAUGAUGAUUCAUCCUAUGAAAGCGAAUCUAUGGAUGAUGAACAAAUGAUGGCUAUGGAUGAUAGGUUGUCUAAAAUCUUCAAAGAAAGAAGGGAUAUUCUCAGUUCCGCUGAAAGUGGUAACAAACGUAAAACUGAUGUGUUGGAAGCUAAGGAGAAUAUGAUCUUCUUCAAGAACAGAAUCGUUGAUAUGUUGGAUAUCUUUAUCAAACACAACGAAGGUGAAAUGAUCAAUUUCUCCAUGAUCAAACCUUUAAUCAAAUUGAUUAACUUAACUUUGGAUAAAAAUCUUGCCAACAAAGCCCAAAAAUUGAUCAAAACCAGAUUAUCUAAAACCAAAGUCACUGAAGUCAAUGAUGAGAGUAUUGAUGAACUCCUUGAAUUGGUCAAGUGGUUACACGAACUGAUGAAUGGUAAAGCAAACAUCGCUGCUGUUCAAUCAUCAAAUCAAUGUUCUAUCUUAGUGAGUAAGAAUGUUAUAAACGUCAAACCUCAACUCAUAGAUGAUAUUAUGGAUAUAUAUAGUGAUUCCAUGAAGAAAUGGUUUAAAAACAAAAAGUCCAAUAUUCAACCAGGGUUAUUCUUCGACUUUAUCAAUUGGUUAAACAGUAUCAGGGGAAGAAACUAG